AGUGAAAACAGAUUUCCCUACGUCUCUUGUUCUUCCAUGAAUUAGGGUUUUGCAGAAAUUCUUCUUGCUUUGUAAAGACGCUUUAGGAGGUUAUCGGGGAGUGCAUUUUUUCUUUUAUUUACCUGUUAGCUCUCCAGCCCUAGCCACCCGCCGCAUGCCUUGAGCCCCUGACGCACAUUCUCCGCCGCACCGCCUUCAGCCAGUGGUUCAACUGGACAACGAGGAGCAGCUCUGUUCGGUUCAGCUCUGGUUCAACCGUUGCUGUAGCUGCGUCGCACCACCGUACCGCUGCUCACUUCACAUUUUGUUACCAUUGUUCGAUUCAGCUUGACAAGGACAGCUCUGAUCUUCAAUUUCAUCUGCUGCUUCGUUUUCAGCUGCGUGUCACCGUUGUUCGAUUUCGCUUCAUUCUGCUUCGUUGCGGGAUCAUAAUGGGGUCACAGAAGCAGUCAAGAAAAACUAGAGAUAGUGAUUUGGAAGGCUUUGAUGAUAUGGAAAAUGGGGAUCUAAUGAUAAGCGAAGAGGAAAAUUACGAUGAUGAGGAGGUGGAGGAGGAGGAGGAGGAGGAAGUAGAUGAACAGGAAAAGGAAGAGGAAGAGAAUGAAGAAAUGCUCUAUCAGGAGGAAGAGAGUGAAGGGGAGGGAGAUAUGCAGAACGUUAGCCAUAAAGAUGCUGAGAUGGAAGAACUUGAGAAAGAGUACAUGCAUCUUCGAAACCAAGAGCAAGAUAUACUGAAGAAUCUCAAACGCCACAAGGAUGAAGAUCUCCUUAAAGGUCAAGCAGUGAAGAACCAAAAGGCGUUCUGGGACAAAACUCUUGAGUUAAGAUUCUUACUUCAGAAAGCAUUUUCAAGUUCAAAUAGAUUGCCACUGGAACCAGUUAGAUCUUCUUUUUGUGAUUCAGAUGGAGGAGUUAGUGCAGCUUAUACUGAUCUGAUUGCCUCAUCUGAGAAGACUUUGGAAUCUCUACUGGAACUACAAGAGGCUUUGCUCGAGAAGAAUCCAUCAAUUUAUCAAUCCUUCAAUAGUAAUUCCGGAAGAUCUGCAAAAAAGCAUUCGCAUUCACAAGAUUCUAAGAGAUCAGAUGAGGAUAGUGAUGAAGAAUGGUUAAGAAUUUCUCAAAUGCACGGGAGAAUAGCACCUUUUAGAGACAAAUCAAUUGACAAAUGGCAGAGAAAGACACAGGUGACAACUGGUGCUGCUGCUAUUAAAGGCAAAUUGCAGGCUUUUAAUCAGAAUAUUAGCGAGCAAGUUGCUUCUUAUAUGAGGGAUCCAAGUAGAAUAAUGAAGCAAAUGCAGCUAAGCAGAUCAACAAUCGGUGUAUUUGGAACUGUUUCUGAGCAGCUUGGAAAUGCCAAGGGAGAGGUAGCAAGUUCCGAUGGCGACCCAGAACUUAUUGAUGACUCGGAAUUUUAUCAGCAUUUACUGAAGGAAUUUUUUGAGUCAAUUGACCCCACAUCCUCUGAAACAGCCUUCUAUGCUCUGAAAAAAUUGCAAACAAAGAAGAGAAAGAUUGUUGACCGGCGUGCCUCAAAGAGUCGGAAGAUCAGGUACAAUGUCCAUGAGAAGAUUGUCAAUUUCAUGGCUCCACAGCCCAUGAACGUUCCUCCUAUAGCUCCUAAGUUAUUUGCGAAUUUGUUUGGAGUGAAGUCCCAUCAACCUGCAUCAGCUGUUUAGUUUCACAGCUAGAUAUAUCAUGUGGGUUCAAUUUUGUGGAGAUGGAUUGAGGUUUAAAAUUCAUGUAAUUUUUGUUCAUUGUACUCUUUGUCCAUUUUAUUUUUUUAUAAAUAUUAAAAAAUAUAUAUUUUUUUAUUAA